AUGCAGAGCCUCACAUCACUUCCCACUGAGAUUCUCCACCAGAUCGUCCGCUGCGCAGAUCCGCAUUCACUCAAAGCGCUGCGGCAGGUAUGCCGAUCCCUCGGCGAGAUCGGCAAAGAGCGUCUGUUUGAAUCAAUUACUAUUUACGCAACCGAGGAGAGCUGCGAUCGAUUUAUUGACUUUCUUGAAAAUGAAGAUCGUGACUGGUUACAAUCAGUGACGAAAGUCUAUCUCGACCUGAGUGCGUUUGAAGGCCUUUAUGUGUAUGAUAAGUACAAUGAUGAGACCCGGGAUGAUCCCAAGGAGAAGGAAUUUCGUAAAUUCGUAAGGCUAUUUCCUCGUCUUAAGGAGCUUCCACGACUCCAGAGCGUUGUCCUUCGCUUUCACCCCGAGUGUGGUGAGGAUGAAGAUACAGACGUUCCGCACCCACUUGGACUCCGCUCAGCCGUGAUGAAAGAGUUCCUGUCGGCAAUUACAGCUCUACCCCAGCUACCACGGGAACUCGCCAUUCGAGACCUGCAUAAUGUGAACGAGAGCAACCCAGAUGAUGUGGAGAACACGAAGAAGGUCCUACGGAAUUUACGUUCGCUCCGUCUGAAUAUCACCAAUCCACACAAUUCAGGAAACUCCGAGAGCGACUUAUAUCACGACGACAUCCACACUUUCUUUUCCGCACUACCGUCCUUCUGGCUGAGGCCCGCUCUCCAGAACUUAGAACACCUCACCAUUUACUCUAGCCAUUACUUUGGUUACUACCCGAAGUUGGAUCUCCGUGAUGUACAUUUCCCUCGGCUGAAGACUCUCGCACUUGGGAAUUACGCUUUCGUCCACGACUCCCAGCUAGACUGGAUCCUCAGCCACCGCGACACUCUCACUGAACUCUACCUAGACGACUGUGCCAUCCUCUGGGUAGUAGCAACCCGCGACAAAGAAAGAACCUAUUUGGAUCCGGAUAGUUACACCACCCAUCCCGGAGCGGUGGGCAAAAACUACGCGAUCUACGCCAAACGCUGGCGCCAUUAUUUCAAAUCUUUUCAAGGACUGCGGCACCUCCGGCAUUUCCGAUACGGACAUUCUGAGUAUUGGUGGGACAGGGAUGACAGCACACCAUUCGAGCGCGAGACCGAAAUCAUCAUCGGUAUGCACGAAGACAGCUACCUGACUUUUGAUUCAGAUUGGUAUUCGCGACGAUUAUUGUAUCAUUAUGGUACUGGGCGCCAGAUGAAGUGCGUGGAUGAAGGGCCUCUGCCAUGGAUAGAGGAGGAUCAGACGAGUUUGGAGGAACUCCUUGCGAAGAUUGGUCAGAAAUACGUGAUAGACGAGGCGACAGCGGAUCAAAUUGAUUGUGCGCGGGUUCUUCGACAACCGAGACCAUGA